ACUAACUUGACUUACAAGUCAUCCAUAAAACAUCAUUUAUCAGACACCACUGAAUCUAUAUGCUAAUCCGAAAAAUCAAUGAUGAACCAAACAAAAUUUUCCCUGCAAACUUUACUUCUCUUUCUUACAUUCAAUUACUGCGUAUCUGUUGAUUAUAUAACUCCAACAACUUCAAUCAGAGAUGGUGAUCCUAAUAAUAUAAUAAUCUCUGGCAGACAAGGGUUUGCUCUCGGAUUCUUUAGCCCUCAGGGAAAUCCAACUCAUCGUUAUGUCGGAAUUUGGUAUAACAACGUUUCAGAAACGACCGUUGUCUGGGUUGCUAACAGAGAUAAUCCGAUCAAUAACACCUCAGGAGUGUUCACCGUCGGUAGCCAGUGUAAUCUUGUGCUAUACAGAAAUAAUCAAACCAGAAGUCCUGUCUGGUCGGCUAAUGUUUCUUUUCCGGGUAAUAACUGCAAGGCCCAGCUUCUUGAUACGGGUAAUCUUGUUCUGGUUCGACAGGAUAGUGAUGUAGUAUUAUGGGAAAGCUUUGAUCAUCCGACUGACACUAUGCUUCCUUACAUGAAGCUUGGAUUGAACAGAAAAACUGGCAAGAAUUGGGUUCUGUCGUCUUGGAAAUCAAAAGAUGACCCGGGAACCGGUAACGUUUUCUACGGUAUUGAUCCAGCAGGGUAUCCUCAGUUGUUUCUGUAUAAGGGCUCGCUAAGGUGGUGGCGUGGCGGUCCAUGGACCGGAGUGAGGUGGAGCGGGGUACCGGAAAUGAGCCGUAAUUAUAUUUUCAAUACUAGCUUUGUGAACAAUAAUGAUGAGGUUUAUAUUACUUAUGGAAUUACUACGAAUGCUACAAUAUUUUCAAGAAUGAUGGUGAGUGAACCGGGACUCGUGCAACGGUCUACGUGGAACGAUCGGGAUAGUCGAUGGAUCGGGUUCUGGUCUGCCCCGAAAGAGGAAUGUGAUAACUACCGCGAAUGCGGAGUUAAUAGUAAUUGUGACCCGUAUGAUUCGGAUAGUUUCAUAUGCAAAUGCUUGCCCGGAUUUGAGCCAAAGUCACCGAAAGCUUGGUUCUUACGAGAUGGGUCGGAUGGUUGCGUAAGGAAAAAUGGGGCGACGGCAUGUCGAAACGGAGAAGGGUUUGUGAAGUUGGCACGUGUGAAGGUGCCGGAUACUACAAAGGCACGUGUUAACAUGAGCUUGAGCUUGAAAACAUGUUGGCAAGAAUGCUUGAAGAACUGUUCGUGCAGUGGCUACACGAGCGCAUACGAGUCGGGCAUUGGGUGCUUGAUGUGGUUCGGAGAUUUGGUUGACAUGAGAACAUUUUCAAGUGUUGGACAGGACAUUUAUGUACGAGUUGAUGCAGUUGAGUUAGCUAAAUACGGGAAGUCGAGGAGUCCGCUUAGCAAACAAGGAGUGCAAGCAUUAUUCAUCGUAUCAGCCGUUGUAGCUUUAUUUAUCAUCGUCAUUGUUGCAUUUUGUGUGGUAAAGAAGAGGAAAGAAGCUAGAGACAGACAAUGCAGCAAAUAUUCUUUGUUUACUUUCACACGAAGUCCGAUGAGCAUGGGAGAUUCUCGCAAUGGAAAGGGAAGCGACGAAGGGGCAGAUUUACCAUUCUUUGAUUUCGGUUCCAUAGCUACCGCUACCAACAAUUUCUCGAAUGCUAAUAAGCUUGGAGAGGGUGGUUUUGGCGCCGUCUAUAGGGGUUUGCUAGAUGGUGAACAAGAAAUAGCAGUUAAAAGACUGUCAAGAUAUUCCGGACAAGGAACUGAAGAGUUUAAAACUGAAGUAACUUUAAUUGCGAAACUCCAACACCGGAAUCUUGUCAGGUUGAUCGGUUAUUGCGUCCAAGAGCAAGAGAAAAUGUUAAUCUAUGAAUACCUGCCAAAUAAAAGCUUGGACUCUUUUAUUUUUGAUGAAGCAAAAAGAUCAAAUUUAAAUUGGUCAAUGCGCCACAACAUAAUUUGUGGAAUUGCUCGAGGGAUUCUAUAUCUUCAUCAGGAUUCGAGAUUGAGAAUCAUCCACAGAGAUCUCAAGGCAAGUAAUGUUUUAUUAGACGCGUCCAUGAAUCCAAAAAUUUCAGAUUUUGGUAUGGCUAGAAUAUUUGGAGUCGACCAAAUUGAAGCAAACACAAAUCAUGUGGUUGGAACAUAUGGUUAUAUGUCACCAGAAUACGCAAUGCAAGGUUCAUUUUCAGUAAAAUCGGAUGUCUAUAGUUUCGGGAUUCUAUUGCUAGAGAUCAUCACCGGAAGAAAAAAUAGCAGUUAUUAUGAAGAGAGUACUUCUACAAAUUUAGUCGGAUAUGUUUGGGAGCUGUGGAAAGAAGGCAGAGCAUUGGAAAUAGUGGACUCGUCGCUAGGAGACACAUCCAUUGAACAUGAAGUAUUGAGAUGCAUCCAAAUUGGGUUAUUAUGUGUUCAAGAAUGUGCAGUAGAUCGACCAAGAAUGUCUGAUGUAGUGUUCAUGUUGAGUAACGACACAACCCUAUCAUCACCGAAACAGCCUGCAUUUAUUAUGAAGACAAGUCGCGACGCUAUAUCGACUACAGACGAAGGAAAUUCCGUAAAUGAUGUUACGGUUACCAUGCUUGAAGCUAGGUAAACAUUUUUUUUAUCAGAUCAUUGUUAUCUUUGUGUAUAAUUAUUGUGUCUUGUGUCUUCAAGUCACCAUAUUUGAAGCUACAUAGCUAGGUAGACAUUUUUUUAUUAGGUCAUGUAUAAUAUAUUAGUCAGUGUUGUUACCUUUGUGUGCAAUUAUUGAGAUUUCGAAUAGGUUUCUAUAUAAAUUAUAUAUGCAAUAAAGAGAGUUCAUAUUUUAUAUA